AUGGCUAAAGGAGGUCAUUCGCAUAGGUCCACAUUGAAAAAUGAUCAUAAGCCUUUCAAAUCAAAGCAUGCCAGUAAGGGACAGUUGAAAAACCAGUACAAAGGGAAGGUUGAAAAAACCGGUGCAGGUAAUGGCAAGGCCAAUAAGGUGAUGUCGAAGACCGAAAGAAAGAAUGCAGCUAGACAAAUGAAGGAGAAUAAGAUCCAUGAAACGAAGGUUAUACGGAAGUUGUUCGAUGGGUCGCAGGGAGCAGAAAAGAUUGUUACUGUGAUUUCGUUGACCAAGGACAUUUCAACGCAGGACAUAGUGUCGAGAUUGGUCAACAAUGUAAAGGAAGAGAGCGACGAGGAGUUCGUGGUUGGAUUACCAUCCGUUUCUUCAGCUAAGAUCAACAGAUUCAAGACCAACUUGAAGUUCAUCGUGCCGGAUCAGAACAAUUUGCUCAGCAUAUUGGAUGCAGCCAAGAUAUCUGAUUACGUUGUUUUUGGUAUUUCUGCCAACGAGGAAGUAGAUAAGGAGUACGGAGAACAGAUUUUGAGAGCGCUUAUCGCACAAGGUAUUGCCUCCGUGAUAGGUGUUUUGCCUAACGUAGUUUCUGCGUAUCCAAAGAAGAAUUUGCAAUUGGAUAUCAGAAGGUCGUUAUUUUCAUUUUUCACCCAUUUCUUCCCAAAUGAAGAAAAGUUAUAUGCAUUGGAAUACGACACAGAGUGUUUGAACUGUAUUCGUACAAUUUGCCAGAGGUUUCCUAAAUCUGUCACUUGGAGAGAUUCGAGACCGUAUUUGUUGGCUGAUAAGACAUCAUGGAUGGCUUCUGAGAAUGAUGCGUCAAUGGGCCACAUAGUAGUUGAAGGGACGGUUCGUGGUGUUGGUUUCAAUGCCAAUAGAUUAGUGCACAUUCCUGGUUUUGGUGAUUUCCAAGUUGACCGUAUAGAGAAAUUGUUCAAAUCUCGUGUCAACAAAAAGAGCGAGAUGGACAUUGAUACCGAAGAGAAUGAUGUAUUCCUUCCAAACGAAAACAGGGAAACUUUAGAAGAGUUAAACCCAGAAGAAAUUGAUAUGGAAGGCGAAGAAUGGGAUGACGAAGACGAGUUUGGUGUUAGAAUGGAGGGAAAGCAUUACUUUGAAGACGGAAAAGAUGGUGGAUAUUCUAGUAGAUCCAAGUUACCAAGGGGUACUUCGGAAUAUCAAGGUAGAUGGUUGUUAGACGAUGUAUUAGAGAAUGCCUCUGAUUUAGAGAGUGAGGAUGAGGACAUCGAUGUUGAUAUCGAACAAAAUAACGACGAUGAAAUGCAAAUGGAAGACGCUCAAUCAGAAUAUGCUCCUACAGAGGCUGGUGAUAAUCAAUCAGAGAUGUUUGUAGACUUACCGCCAGAAGAAGAAGAAAGACAGUUACAUGAAUUUAGGGAGUCUGUAAAGGAAGAUCUUGAGUUCCCUGAUGAACUUGAAUUAGAUCCAUCGGAAUCAGCCAAAGAAAGGUUAGCUUCAUAUAGAGGUAUCAAGUCAUUAGGUAACUGUGACUGGGAUUAUGAUGAAGAAGAUGUUGAAGCCCCAAGCAUAUGGAAGAGAUUAUUAAGAAUUUCCAACUUCAAGGCUACAAGAAAUAAGGUUUGCAAGGAUGUAAUAAAGGAUGUUCAACUUAAUAUCGGUAAUAAGGCCAGAAUAUUUAUUAAAGCACCAUCUUAUGUUAUGGAAAAAGUUAAUUGUGAACAGCAACCGUUUGUUGUUUAUGGAUUAUUGGAACAUGAACAUAAGUUAGCAGUGGUUAAUUUCUCAUUCGAAUCAUGGGAAGACUAUGAUGAACCAAUUCCAAACAAGGACACUUUGAUUGUUCAAUACGGUCCAAGAAGACAAGUCAUUCAGCCAUUGUUCAAUCAAGGAUCUAAUAAUGCUAACAACGUUCACAAAUCUGAAAACUAUGCUCAUCAAGGUAAGCUUUCUAUUGCUACAUGUGUCGCACCAGUAUUAUUUAGCAAUGCGCCAGUAAUCUUUUUCAGACAAGCAACUGAUGGCUCUCUUCAAUUAGUUGGCCAAGGAACUUUCCUUAAUUGCGACCAUACAAGAAUUGUUGCUGAAAGAGCAGUUCUUACGGGUCAUCCUGUCAAGAUCCAUAAAAGAGUUGUUACUAUUCGUUACAUGUUUUUCAACCCUGAAGAUAUUAACUGGUUCAAAGCUAUUCCAUUAUUUACAAAGACGGGUAGAAGUGGUUUUAUUAAAGAAAGUUUAGGUACUCAUGGUUACUUUAAGGCUACAUUUGACGGUAAAUUGGAUGCGCUGGAUACCAUUGCUAUGAGCAUGUAUAAAAGAGUCUGGCCUGAGAUUUCUACUGGAUGGACUGAUUAA